AUUCUUUCCUUUUAUUUUCCUUCUUUUCCCGUCCCACUAGCCUCAUCUAUAACAUUCAAUUUUUGUUUUUCCAGUUGAAAGCGCUUGGAGCAGAGGGGAUGAUAAGAGAGCUGAUCCAGUAUUUGGACGUGGCAGAGAAUAUAUUUUGUCGUAAUAACAUUUAUCUGCAACACCUAUUUAUAAUACAGUGCUGCAUUCACUUGUUGAGGCUAAGGAAAAUCAAAUGGCAAUUAAGAUAUUUAAAAAUAUGAAGUCAUUUGGUUUCCCGGCAGAUGCUGCGACUUAUCAUAUAAUGAUUGAUUGUUGUAGCAUUCUAGGAUGUUACAGAUCUGCUUGCGCAUUGGUCUCCAUGAUGUUGCGAGAUGGCUUUUAUCCACUAACAGUGACUUACACCAUUCUCAUAAAGAUUCUGUUGGAAGAUGAUGACAUUGAGGAAGCAUUGAAUCUUUUGGAUCAAGCCAGUUCAGAACGCAAUGAACUUGAUACCUUGCUAUUUAAUACCAUUCUUGAAAAAGCCUGUGAAAAGGAAGUGAUUGAGGUAGUUGAAUUUGUCGUUGAGUGGAUGCACCAAGAAAAAGUCCAGCCGGAUCCAGCGACCUGCCAUUUUGUUUUCUCUGCAUAUGCCAACAGUGGUUUUCACAGCACUGCCAUGGAAGCACUGCAGGCUUUGAGCAUGCGCAUGAUAUGUGAAGAAGAUGGCAGCUUUCCAGAAAAGGCAGAAUUUGAGGAUGACUUCAUCUUUGCUGAAGACUUGGAAGCUGAAUCACGAAUAGUACAGCUUUUUAAAGAUUCUGAAGAGAAUCUUGCUGUUGCCCUUUUGAAUCUAAGAUGGUGCGCCGUGCUCGGCUUCCCAAUUUCAUGGUCACCUAAUCAAAGCCCAUGGGCCAGAAGACUGUCAUCUAACUACACUGCCAGGAAAGGAGCCACCUAAUCAUGAUAUAUAUAGGUGGCAUUAUGACUCCAGUGAGUUUCCCUUUAUUAUUAUUUUUGGUUGUGGUCGAACAAAGCGUAAGGCCUCCUCAGGAAGAAGGGGAGAGGGUGAGAGGCACAGAUGAGGUCUUGAUCUUUUACCGCUGAUUUUUUAGAUUUGUAUUAGGCUAGGAUAUUUGAGAAAAUUAGGGGAUGCCCUUUUAUCUUUUUUGGUUCAUUACGUUAUUUUGUAAGCUACUGCUUUGUAUAUUUAAAAGGUGAAAUCGUGCUGCAGUUCUCUAAACAAGAUCAACUGUGCCUAGGAGGAGGCGGCAGCAUGUUUUGUUGUUAAUUUAACAAAAAAAGCACAAAAAAGCAUUGAUAUUUUCUUUAUGCUUUUAUUCUUUAGCAAGUAUGCUUUGACCGCUA